AUGGCAGACAGAUUUCCCGCCCUUGACGAUAUCACCGGGGAUGAACCGGUCCCAUCGCCAGGCCCAGGCAACAACGCCGGCGAGGACGACAGUGAUUUCCUUGCUCGUGAGCGUGCGGCAUUAGGAGAUGAUGCCGAUCAGUUUAUUUCAGCUGGCGAUAAUAACAGGCCUUCCGUCACAGUUGAAGAUGAUGACGACCUGCUUGGAGGAGGAGGAGAUGAUAUGAUGACCCAUGAUAACAACUCCGGAUUCGAGUCGAGCUACCCAGCUAUUGAAUCGCAAAACGAGAAUAUGGCUCCAGGCGGCACAAUCACCGGGGUGGACACACCAUUCCAAUCAUCAUAUUCCCCCAAUAACCAGGAGCCCGAGGAGGAAUCCGAGGCUGUCCGUGAAUGGCGACAAAAGCGAGACGCCGAACUAUCCCGUCGAGCAGAAGCCUCGUCUGAGAAGAAGGCGGCGACCGUCUCCAAAGCUCAGCAAGAUAUAGAUGACUAUUACGAAUCCUACAACAAACGUACCGACAAGGCCCGGGAGCGCACCCGCACCGAAGCUGAAGAGUUCCUCGCAAACCGAGAAGACACAGCUGCUGGAGGUACAAGCUGGGAACGUAUUGCCAAACUUGUCGAUGUUAGCGGAAAGGGAGUCAAGGGCGGAGCGAGCGGGUCUGGCAAAGAACGGUUCAGAGAAAUGCUGCUGGAACUUAAGAAGGACGAGAAAGCUCCUGGCGCAUCUGGAGUUUAG